GUGUUGGCCUCACAAAUCCAGUAUCAGUCCGGCUAUGAAAUGUACUCGAAGCAACUUUAACUGAAAUUAAUUAUAUAGUCAGUAAUGUCAAAUGACCUGUUUCUGUUUGUUUGUAGAUCAGUUUCCCUUGCUGACGACCAAGAGGGUGUUUUGGAAAGGGAUCCUUGAAGAAUUGCUUUGGUUUAUCAAGGGAUCAACAAAUGCCAAAGAGCUCUCGGCGAAAGGGGUGAAGAUCUGGGAUGCCAACGGGUCCCGGGACUUCCUGGACAACCUCGGGUUCACAGAUCGAGAGGAAGGCGACCUGGGACCUGUGUAUGGGUUCCAGUGGAGGCACUUUGGUGCCGAGUACACAAACAUGCAUGCAGAUUACACGGGACAAGGUGUUGACCAGCUGCAGAAGGUCAUUGACACGAUCAAAAAGAACCCAGAGGACCGACGGAUCAUCAUGUGUGCCUGGAAUCCCAAAGACAUGCCCCACAUGGCUCUGCCCCCCUGCCACGCCCUGUGUCAGUUCUACGUGUGUGACGGCGAGCUGUCGUGUCAGCUGUACCAGCGCUCGGGUGAUAUGGGCCUCGGGGUGCCUUUCAAUAUUGCCAGCUAUGCACUUCUUACCUACAUGAUCGCACACAUCACAGGACUCAAGCCUGGCGACUUCGUUCACACUCUGGGAGACGCUCACAUCUACAUCAACCACAGUGAACCUCUAAAAGUACAGCUUCAGCGGGAGAUCCGCCCCUUCCCCAAGCUGAAGAUCCUGAGAAAAGUGGAGAGUAUUGAUGAUUUCCGCGCAGAAGACUUUGAAAUCUGCGACUACAACCCUCAUCCUGCCAUUAAGAUGCAGAUGGCUGUGUGAAAAUCCCACUUUAAUGAGGGAUAAAUAUGGUGGGUGUGGGAAAGCGCUUUAGAAAUCACAUUGUUCUAUAUGUACUGUACAGGAUGUCUUUCCCUCCCACUUUUAGAAUAAUCAUACAUUUAAUUUACAAAGCACAAAAAAAGAAGCGAGUGGGUAUUUUCAUGUUUUUUUUUUUGUGAAUUAAGACUUUAAGCCACACAGACAGAUGUUUUCUUCUGCUAAUUUAAGAGGGAAAAACAAACCUCAACUCAUGUUGACCUUUAUGUAGCUGAACUGCAGAAGUUUCAUUACCAGCUGAGGAAUGUUUUGCUUGCAAAUGCCAGUUAGAUUAGUUUAAUUGUUCUAAUAUUAAUAUGUAAUUUGUAAAUAAAGGAUUUACUCUUGUGUCA